AUGCGCGAGGCCUGUUCGAGGAAGGAGGAAGAGAGCGAUGCUUUCAGGCGUGGGGUGCAUGCGCGCGGAAGUAUCGUCUGCACAGGGAAGAUGCGCGAGGCCUGUUCGAGGAAGGAGGAAGAGAGCGAUGCUUUCAGGCGUGGGGUGCAUGCGCGCGGAAGUAUCGCUUUAUUCAGUGUAGCUCUCCUGUGGUGCAGCUCCCUCUCUUCCUGCGGCGCCAUUGUAGACAUGGUGCUCCCCGCCCCGGUCUCGUGGAGCUCGGUGAGGGAAAUGCUUAACUCCACGCUCGUGGCAACUCGGAGGGCAGAAGCGGAAUACGCCAACUGCGCAACUCGACAGGGCGAUGCUUGCAUGCGACGGCUUGAAGAGGGAAGAAGGGUGGAGCUCUCGCGAGCUUCAUACAAGGAAUCCCGGAACAACAACAUGGUGGAGGUCUCCCAAGCAACUGCGCGUCUUUGCGCAUCUAUGGAACGAGGCAUCGUCUCAACGCUCCGAAGUUUGGACACAGACCAGAUAUCGUGGAGAGUAUCCUGUUCGGAUGAAGAUAGGGCUGAGGUCCGCGCGAGGAUACGCCUGCCGGAGGAUGCUCUCACGCCCGUUUCCGAGGCGUAUAGAUGGAACAGCGAGUCGAGGCUCAACAGGACCCUGGGCCUCCUUGAGGAGAGGACGACAUACGACACUGAGUAUGUGCGAAACAGAACUGCCUUUCUGGGCGCUGUCACGGUGGACGUCAAUUUGAACGUGACCGAGAGUGUGACAGCGAUGGCGCAGCGGUUGAGCGAGAACGUGGGUUCGAUGGACGUCGCAGCGGGCGCUAAUAUUGUUGCCAUGGCACUGGGAGCGGCAAAUAGGCUUGAAGAGGUUAGAGAAAUGUCACUUGAAGUUAUGUCGGCUUAUGUCGGAACAGUGGUUGAUUACGUUGGGGAGGUCACCGAUAGGAUGGCAAAAAUUGGUGCUUGGUUCGAGGCUUUCAACGGACUGGGCGCUGUGCUGGACACGAUCAACAUCGGGAUGACCCCGAGCGUCACACCACCAUUGCCACCGGCGCUGCAAAUUGGUGAAAUCCCUGGUGUGCCCCCCGAUGUGAGCAGGAUGAUCCGGGAUCUCGGUGAGAGCGCCUCGGCAAUGUCGGCGGAGAUUUCGCGAAUUGCAGACGACGUGCGAGUAGACCUCGCUGCAGACGCGUCAGUGAUUCCGCGGGCAGUUUCCGAGAUAAUGAAAGGGGUGCCAACCGUGUUUGAUGAUUACGAUCCCCCUCCGAGGGGCAACAAUGCAAACUUCACCGAAGUGGUCAGAGAUGACGCCAUGGCUGAUGGUGACGCGUUCGAGAACAAGACGGCUGAGCUCGUUACGUCCUUUGAAAACGAGAGGAUAAGAGUCGUUGAGGAAAAGGCAGCCGAGGCGUUGAGCCGGGUCAAUGCUUCAGACCCAGUAACCGUUGCCGCCACCCGUGCUGCCGACAUCAGAGCUAAACUUGGCGCUGCAGCGGACUCUGCUGCCGAGGUCGAUUGGCUCGGAGUAUCCCCUCCGGACUUUGCCGCUUUCUCAACUGCGUCGGAUGCCUUAGAUGCGGUCAUCGACGGCCUGGUAGCGGCAGACAUGGCGUACAGAUUCGCCAGGAGUUUUCAACACAUCGCAAGACAUCUCUCACCAGCUGGGGCUGUUUUGCCGCCCGUGGAUCUCACCCGUGGUGUGUCAGCAAGGCAAGAGAAGAAGUCAACGCUCGUCAAGAUCGCAGGAGCAUUGGGUCAUCCCGCGUGCAUGGCAGCAGUCAGGGCGGUCGCAGCGUCCCUCGCCAUCGCUCUGAUUGCGGUGGCUUACUUGCCGUUUCUUGCAUCAUUUCGUGGAGGGUGCAUAUCCGGGUGCGAUGGAACCUUCGCCUCCCGAAACCUCCACUCGCUUGCACACAACUACGCCGCGGCAGGCGGAAGCCGGAGACUGUCCCAAGAGUUGGCGGCGGCAUCGACUGAGCGACGUGAUAUAUGUGCGCGUCACGCUCCUGCUGCGGCGGCUCGUUAUGAAGCGGCAAGGUUGGACGUCGAAGUUGCCAACACCACUCGAGCAACGUCAACACAUUCGGCGGAACUCUUCAUUAAAUGUGUCGACCCAUCAGAAUUCACAUUGGACGUUGCCACGUUCCAAACAGCAUGCAGAGACGGGGAAGAACUUACAAAUGCGGCGUCGCUCGACCCUUUCGCGGUUUUCGACUGCGAUCAGCUGCCAAAGUGCGAGGCAACUUGCAUUGGACCGGUGCGGCGGGUACUGGCUCCACUCGCGCACUCUUCUGCGUGUGCUGCAGAAGGGAAGUCUGCGAGCGGAUGGCACCACGUUGAAGCCAGAAACAUCGGGACGACCGGUGAGACAGGUGGCACGGGCGAAGCUCAGAAAUGUCGCUAA